UGCCCGCCGAACCCAACCCGCCCCAAGUCUGAACUCAAUUGGCCGUCCACCCUCACUUGAGAGGCGCCCGUAUACGCCUCCCCGCGCUGUCUCGAGAGCCACUACCUUAGCUCGACUCACGUAAACGACCCUCCCAUCCGACGACCGAAUGAUACCAACAGCACCACUGCUGCCUCCAUAGCGUCCAUGUUGGCGCCUACCGCCUAUUAUCCCCGUCCGACAACUACCAUCCUCAAUACUAUAACUCAUCAGUCUCUUUCGAUAGCUUGUCAGUAUCCAGCGAACCAUGAAGGGGAAGCGGUUCUUCGGCGUCAGGGACAAGGAUAAGGAUGGCUCCCACCGGAGCAGCAAGUCGGAGGAUGGAAUACAAAAGAGUCUCCGUGCUCAGUCCGCCGACGCCUUCUCCUGGCUGUUCAAGAACGAUGCUUCGCGACAGAGCCAGACCAGCGUGAACCACGAAAAUGAAAAGGCCAAGGUCGACGAAGUCUUACAACGUCUCGACGAAUCGAACUUCAGUGGUGUUUCUCCUGAGGUUGUGCGGGACGUUCUUCAGGGCAGAUACGCCUCCGGCGAUGUUGCCAAAGCCGUCGAGCUUCUUCAACUAUCCUGCGACGCCUCUGCUGGCAAGAUCUAUCCUUACGACCCCAAUGUUCACAUGUUGGGUGCAGAAAAUCGCGACGCCGUCACCUGCUAUUUGGACUCUCUACUCUUCUCCAUGUUCGUCAGCAUGACGGCGUACGAAGGCAUGCUCAAGCACGACUUCACAGACGAGCCUCGCAGCCGCCUCGUGACGCUCCUGCGAUUAUGGGUGAACAUGCUCCGGACAGGAAAGCUCAUCACAGCAGACAUUGCAAAACAUAUACAAGAAGCGCUAGCAGAUUGCGGCUGGAGAGACGCGAGGAACGUGGAACAACAAGAUACGUCCGAGGCCUUCGCCUUCAUCACCGAGACCCUCCAGCUACCCCUGCUCCAACUACAAGUCGACCUGUUCCAUCAUGGCAAGACGGACGAUAGCGACCACAAGAUCGUUCAGGAGCGCCUACUGAACUUAGCAGUGCCUCCGGAUCCAGAAGGAAGGGGACUACGCCUCGAAGACUGCGUGGAUGACUAUUUCAAUUCCCAGGUCGACGUUCUGAGAGACAGCCUCGAGGACAAGAAGGAGACGCCCCGACCGGCGACUGCCUCGCGGAUGAGUACCAUGCGUUUGGUGUCGAGGGAUGACGAGGCAGAGAUGUCGACGUCUGAGAAGCCUACGGCAUCUCCUGUCCCAAUCUCUCCGACUCGGGACAAAUUCCCGGCACCUGGGACCCCGAACGGCAGCUUGAGCCAGGCCUCUCCCUCGAUCGAGUUUGCUCAGCUGUCUCGGCAUCGCUCUGCUAGCGUCAUUCAGCAUGUCCACGUGGACGAGAAAGGCCGACCGACAGAGUCAGGCGAAGCAAGCCGACCGGGAAAGGCGAGGCGGACGAGUUCCACCAUUGUCAAGGCGGUGACGAUUCCCGCGUGGCAAUUCUUCCGUCUGAUUCCCUGGCAUGCUGCUGGGAAUCGAGAACCGAAGAACAACAGGGAAGUCGCCAUGAGCUUCGAUCAGCGGCCGGUGGUGGGCAUCUGCCUCAAGCGAUAUCGCUUUACGGAGCAGCAUGUGCCGCAGCGACUGAACACAUUCAUUGACAUACCCGAUAGCUUGAGAUUGCCGUAUUUCAUCCUGGCGGACGAGAGACACCUGGAGGAAGACCCGAAUGGCUUCAGCAGGGAAUACAAGCUCGUCCUGCAGUCCGUCAUUUGCCAUCGGGGCGAGUCUGUGCACAGCGGACAUUACAUUACCUUCGCCCGGGUCGCCCCCAGGCUGCUCACCCACAACCGGAGGCACAACUUCGACCCACCCCCUGACUACGAAGAAGCCCAGUGGGUCAAAUUCGACGACCUGCAGCUCGACAACCGGGUCAGCUAUGUGGACGAUUUUAAACAAGCCUUGAAGGCGGAGAUGCCCUAUCUCCUCUUCUACCAAAUCGUGCCCAUGGUGGAUGUGGCGACGACCGAAGAGACUGAGACGGAACUGCCGUCAUAUGCCGACUCCAACUCCAAGGCCAGUUUCUGCACUUCGGCGGCCCCCAGCCUAGCAGCCAGCGCUCCAGUUGGAACAGUUGGAAGUAUGUACGGAGCUGAAGUUGACGGCCUUGACCCGCGGAGGAUCUCCCCCCCGCAAGCCCCCAGCGUGCGCUUGUCCUUGGACAUGGAGCGACUUCGUCUGGACAACCACACCACCGAACGGCUGAAUUCGACCGACCUCAACACGUCCGACUCUCUAUUAACCUUUCCGACGAAGACUUCCGACAGCACCUCCUCUGCGGGAGUCACCCCGGUUGCGUCCCAGGGGGAAGAAUCCACGCGAGACCGCCUCUCGCGCGCCGCCGCCAUCUUCACCGGCAAGACCAAGAGCCGGCCUCCCAGCCAAGGGGGCGAAGGCCGCAUCAGCUCGACCAUGAUCCGCCUCGGCGGGCUCAUCCGCGCAGGAAAAGAGCCACAGCGCGAUACCGGGGUCCAGUCUCCCUCCGCAAACGACCCUACUACGCCGACGAGCGCCCGCCCGGGCGAUUUGUCGGUCCGGGCUUCUACCGAGGCGUCGCGGCCUUCCUUCGAGUCGGACUUGGUAGUGGAGCUGCCCUCCGAGAACGACGCAGACGUGCCCAACAUGACGCCGCGAAAAGACAGGCAGAAACGGAACAAGGCGAGGUUUAGAGGCACUCAGCCCGAACGGGAGUGCAAUCUGAUGUGAAGUCCAUCUUCUCCGGUCCCCUUUUCCCGAGCAAAAGGGGGUUCUUGGUUCGCAACGUAUGAAGCAAAUGGUG